UGUCGUUUCUCACCUGACCGUGGUGGAAUCACAUCCCACCUUCUCAGGUGCUCAAAAUGAUCACCUCCCCACAGCCUCACCAGUUGCAUUCCAACAUGGCGUCUUCAAGAAUGUUUGAAUAACUGUUCGCAAUGAGAAUGCACUCUGCACUUAUUUCCUCUUUUAAUAUCAUUCACCUCACACGGUUUUCCAGCUAAAAACGCGAACUUCUCAGGAAGACGCCACGAUUCUUGUGAAACAAGGUGCUGUCUAACACUUUCGUACGGGUUUUCUUGCGUUUCCUGGACCGAAACUCAGUUAUUGUGGAAAAAUGAGUGGUGUUGCUAAGUUUUACAGAAGAGAUGUCCCAUAGAGAUUUUACAGAGGUAGAACCAGAAGGCACAACUCAACUUUCAGCAGCGAACCGAUCUCUAUUUCUCGAAAAAGUCCGCCAGUCGAAUGCUGCCUGUCAAAAUGGCGACUUUUCCACCGCUGUCGCCCUUUACACAGACGCCCUACAGCUCGACCCUACAAACCACAUUCUCUACUCCAAUAGAUCUGCAGCCAGAUUGAAAAUGGGCCUCUUCGCUCAGGCCCUGCAGGACGCCAUCGCUGCCAGAGACCUCUGCCCUACGUGGCCCAAAGCCUACUACAGACAAGGAGUCGCCUUGCAAUGUAUGGGUAGGCACGGUGAAGCCUUAGCAACUUUCAGCCAAGGUUUGGGGCAGGAUCCCACGUCCCAGCAACUCCUAGCUGGGCUUAUAGAAGCCUCCAUCAAAUCCCCCCUAAGGCACACCUUAGAGCCCACCUUCCAACAGUUGGAGGUCAUGAAACUUGACCGUAGCCCAUUCGUUUUGAUAUCAGUGGUAGGACAGGAACUCCUCGCCCACGGCUUGUACAAUUCCGCCGUUACAGUCCUGGAAUCGGCUUUGAGGAUCGGUUCUUGCUCCUUGAAACUACGAGGAUCGGUUUUUAGCGCCCUAAGCUCGGCUCAUUGGGCUUUGAACCAACUAGAUAAGGCUAUAGGGUACAUGCAGCAAGAUCUGGCUAUAGCUAAAAGCUUGGGGGACACUUCUGGGGAAUGUAGAGCCCAUGGGAAUUUAGGUUCAGCCUAUUUCAGCCAAGGUUCCUACAAAGAAGCUCUGACAGCUCAUCGUUAUCAGCUGGUUCUCGCCAUGAAGUGUAAGGACACACAGGCGGCUGCUGCAGCUUUGACAUCUUUGGGACAUGUCUACACGGCUAUUGGAGAUUACCCAAAUGCUCUGGCUUCUCAUAAACAGUGCGUCCAGUUGGUGAAACAGAUGGGUGAUAAGUUGCAAGAAGCGAGGGAAAUUGGGAAUGUUGGAGCUGUUUAUUUAGCGAUGGGGGAUUUUGAUUCCGCUGUAGAUUGCCAUACGCAACAUCUGAAGAUCGCUAAAAGACUUGGGAAUCAGGUGGAAGAGGCUAGAGCUUAUAGCAACUUGGGAUCGAGUCACCAUUACAAGAGGAACUUUACCCAGGCUAUAGUCUACCAUGAGAAAGUACUAAGGCUAGCCCAAGCGAUUGGAGAUAAGUCUGUAGAGUCCAGGGCAUACGCAGGUCUUGGUCAUGCUUCUAGGUGUGCUGGAGAUUUUGUUCAAGCUAAGCAAUGGCACGAAAGGCAGUUGGACGUUGCCCUAUCGACUAGAGAUAAAGUUGGGGAAGGAAGGGCUUGUUCAAAUUUGGGAAUUGUGUAUCAGUUACUUGGAGAGUACGAUGCUGCUUUGAAACUACACCAAGCCCACCUAAAUAUAGCCAGAAGUCUACAAGACAGGGCCGGAAUGGGGAGAGCUUAUGGUAACAUUGGAAACGCAUACUCAGCCGCUGGUUUCUACGAAUCAGCUAUCAAGUACCACAAGCAGGAACUGACCAUCAGCAAAGAGGUUCACGAUAGGAGUUCAGAAGCUAGCACACACGGAAACUUGGCUGUGGCUUACCAAGCCUUAGGAGCUCACGAUAUGGCAUUGCUGCAUUACAGAGCCCAUUUAGGUAUAGCAAGGGAAUUGAAAGAUGCCGCUGGCGAAGCUUGCGCUUUGUUAAACUUGGCCAAUUGCUUGAGCUCACGCUCUGAAUUUUCUGAAGCCAUACCUUACUACGAGCAAUAUUUGAUGUUGUCGCAGGAGUUAGCAGACGUUGAAGGAGAAGCCAAAGCUUGCCACUUUUUAGGAUAUGCACAUUAUUGUAUAGGAAACUAUAGAGAAGCCGUUAGGUACUAUGAUCAGGACCUCGCUUUAGCCAAAGAUUUGCAAGACAAGAUGAACAUGGGACGCGCCUAUUGCAACUUGGGUCUUGCGCACCUGGCUUUGGGCCAGCUGGACACUGCGUUGGAAUGCCAAAAAUACUUUUUAGCUAUAGCACACAUGACGAACAACUCUUCAGGAAAAUUCAGGGCCCUAGGUAACAUCGGGGAUGUUUUGAUCAAGAUGAACGAGAUGGACGAGGCUGUCAAAAUGUACCAUCGACAAUUAUCCCUAGCUCGUAGUAUAAGAGACAGAGAAAUGGAAGCUGGGGCUUGUGGGGCCCUUGGUAUGGCCCACAGAAUGAUCAAGAGACUGGACAAAGCUUUAGGUUACCACACUCAAGAACUGGCUCUCAGACAGGAGAUAUCCGAUCUACAGGGUGAAUGCCGCACACAUGGGCACCUUGGUUCCGUACAUAUGGCCUUGGGAAACUACAACCAUGCCAUCAAGUGUUACCAAGAGCAACUUCAGAGGUCUCAAGAACAACAAGACUGUGCUCUAGAAGCGCAAGCUUACGGAAAUUUAGGGAUUACAAGGCUCAACAUGGGUCAUUACGAAGAUGCCAUAGGUUAUCUGGAGCAACAAUUAGCUACCUUGGAAAGACUGAGCACACCCACUGCCCAACUGGACAAAGGCAGGGCUUUUGGUAGCUUGGGAGAUUGUUACGAGGCUUUAGGUGACCCAGAAGAAGCUUCCAAAUGUCAUGAACAAUACUUGGCUAUUGCGCUCAAGUUAACCAGUGCCAAAGAUCAAGAAAGAGCUUAUAGGGGUUUAGGUCAAUCACAAAGGUCUCUUGGUAAUUUACAACAAGCCCUAGUGUGUCUGGAAAAGAGAUUAGUGGUAGCCCACGAGUUGGGAGUACCAGAAGCUAAGGCAGCAGCCUAUGGUGAACUUGGACAGCUUCACGCUACCCUUGGAAACUUGGAACAAGCUGUAUCUUGUCUGGACCACCAGAAAAAUAUAGCUAGAGAAUUGAAUGAUAGAAUCAUGGAAGCAGAUUCCAUUUCUGGUUUGGGCUACGUCUACCAACAAAUGGGGGAAUAUAUGACAGCUCUUAGGUACCACCAAAACGACCUAGAGAUCGCAGAACACUUGGAAAUAGCUUCUUUACAAUGUAGAGCUUGUGGAAAUAUUGGAGCUGUAUAUGAGAGCAUGGGAAAUUUAGAACAAGCUGUCCAGUACCAGGAGCAACACUUACAAAUUGCAGCCAGUACGAACGACCAAUUGGCAAAGACCCUGGCAUACAGUUCCUUAGGCAGAGUUCACCAGCUUUUGGGUAAUCGUAGCCAAGCUGUAGCUUACCUUUCUCAGGGUCUCUGCAUAGCUGAAGCCUUGGGGAGGAGGGAUGAAGAGGCGAAGAUUAGGCAUAGACUGGGUUUGGCUUUGUGGGCCAACGAGGAUUUGGAAGGGGCUCAGAAGCAGCUAGAAGCCACCACACACUUGCUGGAAAACAUCAGGAGGGAGUCUAAGAUAGUGAAGGACUACAAGCUGUCUCUGUUCGAACUCCAAUCCUCCAGUUACCAAGUCCUGGAGAGGGUUUUGAUAGAACUGAAACGCGAGGAAGAGGCCUUGGUUGUGGCUGAAAGAAGACGGAAUAGAGCUUUCGUAGAUCUUCUAUUGGAGAGACAGGGACUUUCGGAGAGUAGGAACAAGCUGAAGAACGGAAGGAUGGAGGAGUCAGUGAGCUCCAUAGAACAAAUCCAGGACAUCGUGAAUCGACAGAAGGCUUCAGUGUUGUAUUACAGUUUAGCCGCUGGUUAUUUGUACGCGUGGUUGAUCGUACCCAAUAAAGGUAUAGUCAAGUUCCAUUCUUCUUCCCUUUUGGAAUCGAGCGAGGAUCUUGUUAAGAAUUCUGAUCCAAUUCCAACCGGGAGUGGUAGUUUGGAGAAAUUGGUCUCUUCUGUGAGGGAUAGUCUAGGCGUUGAGGUAUCCCCGUGUACGACCAUCGCAGAGGAUCAAUACAACGAUGACACUCUGUCUGAAAGGACAGGUUUCUUGAGAAUGGUCAACAGGCAGCAUCUGAUGAACUCUAGCAACUAUUCAUUGAGUUCCUUGUUCUCUCUGGGGAGUGUUGGAGGUUCGGUGGCUUCGUUGCAAGGUUCCACCAGGUCUUCAGCCAGCACACAGGGUUCUACUAGGGUCAACAAGAGGCAGAGUUGGAAAGGACCAUCCUGUCUUCACGCUCUUUACCAGCUGUUGAUUCAACCGUUCGAAGAAUUCUUGCCAAAUAAAGCAACUUCAUCCAAGACCGAUACAAACCGUAGAGAACUGAUACUCGUCCUCGAAGGUGACCUUUACCUAGUGCCCUUCCCAGUUCUCAGAUCAGGAUCGGACAAUUCCGAAUACCUCUGCGAAAGAUUCUCCCUCCUAGUCAUCCCCAAUCUAACAACCCUCAGAUCGACCAGAAUGAAGAAGAAGGACCCCGAACAAAACGUCAGGAGUUUGAUAGUCGGUAACCCCAAAUUACCAUCUGGAAUCGUGAACCAUUACGGCUGGAAAGACAUACCACAGUCGGAGCAAGAGGCCACCAUGGUGGCGGAGCUGUUACAGAGCCAGGUGCUCUUAGGAAACAUGGCCACGAAGGAACAGGUGCUGAGUCAGAUGGAGGAAGCUGAAUGCAUGCAUUUCUCCACGCACGUGUCCUGGAAAUUGUCAUCUUUAGUCCUCAGUCCUGGAGAGGUUUUGGAUCAGUCACAAUCGAAGAGGCUUUAUAUAUCUGACAACGCAGAAGAUGAGGAAGGUAGUGAAUUAUCAACGAGUGCUGAAAUACCACCUUUAUCAGAAUUCUUGUUGAGUGCCGCUGAUAUACUAUCGUUGAAGUUGACAGCCAAACUCGUUGUUGUCAGUUCUUCCCACACGAGGGACCAGCAAGGAUGGGCUACAUCAGACGGUUUGGUGGCUUUGGUCAGGGCCUUCCUAGCAGCUGGAGCCCAAGCCGUUCUUGUAUCUUUGUGGCCGGUACCUGACACAGCGACCAAAAUCCUCCUCAGGGCUUUCUAUUCCGCCCUCCUUCAAGGUACAAGGGCUGCUAGGGCUCUAGCGGAAGCGAUGCAGACUGUCCAACAUACCAAGCAUUUCGCACACCCUGCCAACUGGGCUGGAUUCUUUUUGGUCGGAGGAAACGUGAGGUUAUCCAAUAAGGUCGCUUUGAUGGGUCAGGCCUUAUGCGAAUUGCUGAGGGUACCAGAUAAAUGUAGGGACGCUCUGAGGGUUUCCCUGCAUUUGGUGGAGAAAAGUCUGCAGAGGAUACACCGUGGACAGAAAAACGCUAUGUAUACCACGCAGAAAUCCAUUGAAAAUAAGGUGGGACUUAUAAACGGCUGGAGGGAGCUCUUGAUGUCAGUGGGCUUCCGUUUUGAACCAGCCUCCAACGGUAUACCUAGCAGCGUCUUCUUCCCCCAGUCAGACCCCGACGAGCGUCUCACCCAAUGCUCGGCCAGUCUACAGGCGCUCCUGGCCCUAAGCAGCACCUCCAUACAAGCCCUCUCCAAACUGACGGCCACCUCAGACGUGGCAGACGAUAUAAUAGCCGUCAUCCAAUCAGCCCUCUCCCAAUUUUCCACCAAAGGGUCUGAACACGAGACUGUCGAGGUAGCCUUGAACGUUAGGUUGUGGAGGGUGCCAGGGUGCCACGAGCUUUUAGCUUCCUUAGGCUUCGAUCUGUGCGACGUUGGACAGGAUAAGGUUACCCUGAGGACUGGGAAACAGUCCAACAGGAGGAAUAUACAGUUUACGCACCAGGCACUGCUGGCCUUGUUUGAUACCCAAGAGGCUCCUAAAAGUCUCACGAUAGAUUCCUCCAGUAGUUUAGAAUCCUUGGCAUCGGUGGACAACGAUUUUUCCCAUUCGGACAACGAGAUGACCUUGUGUUCAACCUCUCCCUCCCCCAAGAAGACCUCGAGGAUACCUCCGCUCAUCUCCAGGUCGUUACUGUCCAAUAAAAGACUUGGUGGAGCUUUCACGAGUUACGUAAGGAGGCGGGGAGAACCGGAUGGUAAAACCUCGACGAAUGAAACCAACAAGAUGGUACCGACUGAAUCGAAACCAAAGAAAACCAACAUUCUGACCAGACCUGGUGGAAACGUGUCCGAUCAGGCGUUCACGCCCAGUCCUCCGGUUGUGCUGCAGUCUGAGAACACGGCCAUGGCCAUGUCUUUGGCCCACCAGAGCAGGAUCAGGAAUUUAUACUCGCAGAACGAGGCUAAGGGUGAACACAGACCGGACAGUUCUAGCAGCGCCAGUUCCAUAACGGACUGGGACAGUGGACUCAACACGGUGCUCAGACGUCAGAACCAGAGCCAAAACCAAGGGGGGAUGACGCAGGCGAGGGCUAAACCCCUGGUGGACCUGGCCAUGUUCGCAAACCUCGGUAACGGUAUCUUAGAGAACAGUUCCGACAGCGAGUUGGAGAAGAUGGAAGCUAAACUGUUCAAUACCAGGAGCAAGAUGGCGUACAAGAAGUGCAGGAACAUCAUAUCGACUUUGGACAGGUUGAGGUGUCGAUCUGAGAUGAGUUCUGGUCAGAGCGCUCUACCCCAGAACCCCAGGAAGACCAUAACUUUGCCCAGCGAAGAAACAUUACCGAGUAAUGAGAGGCUGCUGUAUUUUUCACCGAACGAGAAGGAUGUCGCAUCCAAGGUCCACAAAAAAUCCGAGGAUGACCACAUGCAAGAGUUCCCCAACAAAAAGACUGAAUCCAGGCCGAACUCGACAAGCAUCCACGACACCAUUUUGGCCACGCAGUUAAGACACAUCAACAGGGAACUAACUCCAACGAUAUCUGAAGUAUACCACGAAAGGAACAUAGGAUUAGGGCUCGCACCCCCUCUGGCCAAACUACUGCUGAACCCCUCCUCCAACGCCUCCAAGGAGAUAAACGAAUCGGCUUUGGACAAAAUAACCCUUGGUAUCUUAGACGCCACCUUGGAGGACACGGCCAAAGGGGCCCCUUGCAGCAGAUGCAAGAUGGACACGUGUUGUUGCAACAAGGGCCCUAGUAAACCUUGGCUGAGCGAGAACGCCAGUGCCUUGCAGCAAAUUCAGAGCUCUGAUCUGACGACAGCGGAUAUUUUGGAGAGGGAAGUGAAGAACAAGAAAGGUCUAAGAACCGACUUGAAGGUGAACGAAGAGAAGGAUGUUAAAUUAUCUCAAGUAUUCGCAGAAAUAGCCAGAAGGGAUGAGGGAGAUGGGAGAAGCAUAGCAGACUCCAACUGUUCCAGCUACAAAAACACCAAGUUCGGAACCUAUCACUGUCCGGAUAAAAGCAAACCUGUAGCGAAACUAAGAACCUUAAACCCACCGAUUCCCUUACAGAGAAAGAGCAAACAAACGUGAAGAAUCGAAGACUUCCAGUGUAAAUAUGGAUUAUUUUAUUAUUAAUAAGUUUCGAUAUAUUGUCUUAUUGAACUGAAGCAAUCGUUUGAUUGUCUAUUUAUUUUGAGUCAUAUUUAAACUGACUUCCGGAACACUUGCAUUCAGGAUUUUAACGAAAUGUGAUCUAGAAAUUAUGCAAUAAAAUUAUUAUAUUUUGUAAAAA